AUGCCGGGAUCCAAAUUCGCCAUCGAGGAUCCAUUCGCAUACCACACCGGUCUUAAUUCAUACCAUGAGUCAGAGGCCGUGAAAGAUGCGCUCCCACGACCACAGAGUCUCCCCCAACGCCAUGCCCUAGGUCUAUACCCCGAGCGCAUCAGCGGGACUUCCUUCACGGCCAAGCGGGCUUUGAACAAGCAGACUUUCAUAUACCGGAUUCUUCCAUCUACUGCGCAGUCCGGGUGGACUAGAGUCCCUGACCACCCGCUAAGCCACCGCCUGCGCUCAGAGCUCAACUUCGUCCCGGAUCAACUGAUAUGGCCGCCGGCUCAAGUCAAGAAAGACAAGACCUUCCUGGAUGGGUUGGAGAUGAUCGGGGGCGCAGGGGAUCCAACGACGAAGAACGGUGUGGCUUACUACUUCUUCACAUGUGGAGUUAGCAUGGAUGAGAAGCAGGCUUUUUACUCUGCCGACGGCGAUCUGCUCAUUGUUCCGCAGAUCGGGGUGUUGGAUAUCCGGACCGAGUUGGGCGAUAUGCGGGUGCGUCCGCGCGAAAUAUGUGUCGUCCCCAGGGGUAUUCGGUUCCGGGUAUCGUUGCCUUCUGGACCGUCUCGUGGACAUGUCAUCGAGGCGUACUCUGGGCACUUUGAUGUUCCUGAGCUUGGCCCGAUUGGAUCCAUGGGGCUGGCGAACGUGCGGGACUUUGAGAUUCCGAAGGCUGGAUAUAUUGACACAGAAGAUGUCACGGAGGUUAUUGCCAAGUUUGGGGGUCAGGUCCAUAAGACGGAGAUGAAAGGGAGUGCGUUUAAUGCUGUUGCAUGGCAUGGAACGUACUAUCCAUUCAAGUAUGAUUUGGGAAAAUUCAUGCCGAUGGGAUCGACCCUUUAUGAUCACCAGGAUCCGUCAAUCUACAUUGUUCUCUCCUGUCCAUCCGACAAACCAGACCAUGCUGCAGUUGACUUCCUCGUCCUCGGCCCUAGGUGGAUGGUCAUGGAAGAUACGUUCCAAAUCCCGUAUUUCCACCGAAACACCAUGUCCGAGUUCUCAUCUGUCCUGAGCGGAGGAUUCGAUCUAUCCCGCGUACCACCGCAGUUGUACGGCAUGAGCGGGUUAAACAACGUCCUGAGUCCUCAUGGAUUGUCAGCGUCUGAUACCGAGAACGCAAUGAAGAAAGUCCUGCGUCCGGAGCGUGUGCCGGAUGACACCAUGGCGUUCUUGGUCGAGAGCUGCUACCCAAUUGGACUGACGAAAUGGGCAUAUGACAAUGCCAUCAAGCCUAAUGAUGGUGGUGAUUUUGGUAGGUUUAAGCGGCGGUUCAACCCUAAGAUCUAG